GAGGACGAGGAUGUAAAGGAGAAGGGCAUGAGAAUUUUCUGCAGAAAGGGACUUCGGGAGCAGAUGGACUUCAUGCAAAAAAGAGUCAUGCAAGCAGGAAGUUUGGGCUGGGUGUUGGGGGCACCAGGGACGGGAAAGUCUCUUACAGGCCUUGCAUUCGCACUCUCCAUUGACAGGGAGGUCUGGGGGGUGAGUUGGAUGCAUAUCUCUCCUUAUCCUGCAAAGGCUGUUCAGUGGAUCGCUGCAAGGAAAACUGUAUAUGAAGCUGAAUUGCAGACGACAAAUGAUGACUUUCUGUAUGCUCUUCUGAAUGGUGUGGAUGAUGAUUCUCAGCAUGUAUUCGUACUGGAUGGUUUCCUGCAAGACUCGCACAAAAUGUUGCAGCAUAUGUUGAUGAGAUGGCGUGAAAAAAAGAAAGAGAAUAGAAGAGUGCUCUUUAUUUCAUCGAUGCAGACCAGGUACAAGGUGAAGUGGGAAGAUGAUCAGGUUUGGGGCGUGGAGGUAUUUCUCCUUGAGUCAUGGAGACUGGAAGAGUAUCAAGAGGCAGUGAUGGACGACCUGUUCUACUCUUCUGUUGAAAGGAAAUUAGAUGCAAACUUGUCUCGAGGAUCGGUUGCUCAACGGUCAUUUUCGAGCAAUCUGAGCCGAGAAGAUCGAAUACUGUCCAAGUAUUAUUAUGCAGGAGGAUCAUCAAGAUACAUGUUUCAGAUGAGUAGUCAACAGAUUAUCGACGACGUUUCUAACACUAUCAAAAACGUGGGAUUUCUUGAAACACUCUCCACAAAGAUAGGGCAGUACAGUGGGGCUGCAAUCAAUCGACUCUUUUCGAUAUACAAGGAUCAAGACAAGUCAGAAUAUACUGUAUUCUUAAGCAGGUAUCUUACAGAGAAGAUUUGCGUUCAAACAGGGUGUGAACAAUUUACACGGUCUUUGGUGCAUUUCUGCACAAUGUAUCAUCCAGUUGCCAAAGGACUCAUGCUUGAAGAUUUGUUCUUCAUGGUGGUACAUCACCAAGGUUUGGCAUUGCACGUGCGAGGUGAAGACGCGCAAGAAGCUUGGCAGGCUGCCCCUGUCGUGACUUGCUUGAUACCUCUUACGAAAGGAGUGGUGGAGAGUCAGAGCUGCGACUUUUGGGUGCGACCACCUGAUUUCAACCAUCCAGGAUAUGAUGGGGUGUUUCUUAGUAGAAGCAGGAAAUUAGUACGGUUUGUACAAGUAACCGCAGCAAAAGAUGAUGAUCUGAAACUACAAUAUUUCAAGGAACUCAUUGACAAUCUUGUUUUAGUAGGAUUUCCGGUUCAACGAAUAGAAAUUUGUUUCAUCGUGCUCCGUAAGGAUCUAGAGUGUUUCAAAGUUUCGAAGGUCUUUGGUCAAGGAUCUCUUGAGCAAUAUGGUUUUGCGAAAGGAAAGGAGCGAAGAUCUAUCAGGGUGAUGGGUGUU